AAUAAUUUCUGUACGUUCUCUUCUGUGCUUCAAUUCCCACCAAUUUGUAUCUGAGGGAGUCAAAAACAUCUUCUGAUCAGAGAUUUUAAUAAUAUUGGGAUGGGAUAUUCUUUCCACUAUAACGAGUUUCUUGUGCUUUUCUUCCUUGCGACCUUGUCAACUCUCUCACCAUGAGCUUCCGUUCCUUGUUCAUGGACACACAGAGUUAAAGAGGAGGAGAGGAGGACAAGAAAUUUCAAUUCAUUCCUCAUUUUCGCCUCUACCCUUCUUCUUCUUCUUCUUCUUCUUCUUCUUCUUCUUCUUCUUCUUCUUCAAUAGCUUGAUUCAGGAAUCAUCUCGAUCAUCAAUCCUCUCUAGCUAGAAACUUGAAAGUGGAAGAUUACUUCAACUUCCCCUGUUUUUUUUUUAUAAGAAUCUCCUUUCUGCUAAAUCCCAAUUACUCCUCUCCCUUCUGUAAUCAAUCGCAUCUCUCUCUCUCUCUCUCUCUCUCUCUCUCUCUCUCUCUCUCUCUCUCUCUCUCUCUCUCUCUCUCUCUCUCUCAAGCUCUGUAUCUGUAAUUGUUCCCAGGAAAACAUAACAAUGAAACAACAAGAAGUGAGACCAUCGGUCGCCAUAGCGAAGCUCUUCAAGGAACAAUUACGUCUUGGUAGCAUUCUCUUUAAUUUCCUCUUCAUCGGCUUUGGUCUCGCCCUUGGAAUCAUUGCCAGUUCCUUUUUCAUCAAUAAUAUGCCGAUCAAUUCCGUUACCACCCAAUUCUCUGACUCUCCAUCACCAACAACGCAAGAUUCAGCAGCUUCAAUUAGCCCUCCGGCACCGCUAACUCCACCUCCACCAACGACACAGCCACCAUCGCCAUUGCCCAGUCAAGAAAACAGUACCAAAGAACAUAAGGUUCAUCCGCGUAUUGGAUUGAAGGAUUACUUGAUGCUACCUGAGGUUAUGCACGACAUGAACGAGGAGGAGUUGUUGUGGAGAGCAUCAAUGGUUCCUCGAAUUGAGGAGUUCCCUUUCAAGUUCAUCCCCAAGGUUGCUUUCAUGUUCUUGACAAGGGGGCCAUUGCCAUUUGCUCCUCUGUGGGAGAAAUUCUUUCAAGGAAAUGAAGGGCUCUACUCCAUUUACGUUCACUCUGAUCCAUCCUUCAAUGAGUCGGAGAUUGAUCAAGGUUCGGUGUUCUACGGUCGAAGUAUUCCCAGUAAGGGGGUGCAAUGGGGAGAGUUUAGCUUGAUCGAAGGAGAAAGGAGACUACUAGCAAAUGCUCUACUAGACUUCUCCAACCAAAGAUUUGUUCUGCUUUCAGAAUCAUGCAUUCCCCUCUUCAACUUCUCCACUGUCUAUUCUUACCUCAUUAACUCUACUGAGACCUUUGUAGAAGUUUACGAUGAUCCAAGCCCUGUAGGGCGUGGGCGUUACAACUACCAAAUGAGUCCAGUUGUCGAGCUUGAGCAAUGGCGAAAAGGGUCUCAGUGGUUCGAAAUGGAUCGAAAAAUCGCAGUCGAGAUAGUCUCUGAUCGUAUAUUUUAUCCACUGUAUGAGAGAUUUUGCAAUGGCGCAUGUUAUGCAGAUGAGCACUAUAUUCCCACAGUUGUGAAUCUCUUGUUUCCAAAGACGAAUUCAAACAGGACUUUGACAUGGGUUGAUUGGUCCAGAGGAGGACCACACCCUGCUAUGUUUAUCAGAACAGAAGUAACUGUUGAGUUAUUGGAGAGAUUGAGGAGUGGGAGCACCUGUGAGUACAAUGGCAACACCACCACCACCUGCCAUUUGUUUGCAAGAAAAUUCCAUCCCAACACUUUGGAUAGGUUGCUAAGGUUUGCUCCCAAUGUCUUGGGUUUCCACCAAUAACCUGAAAUAUUAUGUACAUAAUUUUUUUUUUUUUUUCAUUUAUUUAUAAGUUCUUGUAAUAAAUUUUAGCUUGAGGCU